GUGGUUUUCCAAGAUAAGAAUCAAUUUUCCGACUAAAAAUGGUUCGUGUGCUGUUCCUGCAUCCUGAUUUGGGAAUUGGUGGUGCCGAACGCCUUGUUGUUGAUGCAGCAUUGGCAUUAAAAGUUCGUGGCCACGAAGUCAGUUUCCUAACAAAUCAUCAUGAUCCAAGUCACUGCUUCAAGGAGACAGUGGAUGGAAGCUUUCCCGUUCGAGUUGUUGGCGAUUGGUUGCCAAGGAAAAUAUUUGGACGUUUCUAUGCAUUUUGUGCCUAUUUCCGGAUGUUGUAUGCAGCCUUCUUCGCCUCCUUCUAUUUGAGUAAUCGCGAGCAAUAUGAUGUGAUAUUUUGUGAUCAAAUUUCUGUUGGCAUUCCGAUACUAAGACUGGCCCGAGGCCGUCCUAAAAUUGUGUUCUAUUGUCAUUUUCCCGAUCAAUUGCUGAGUGCUGAAGGUGGUUGUCUGAAGAAACUUUAUCGUGCCCCCAUUAACUUCUUGGAAGAAUUCACCAUUGGAAUGUCUGAUGUAACGUUGGUGAACUCAAAGUUUACCCUGCGUGUCUUCCAGGAAACAUUCCGCCGUUUAAAUGUUGUGCCUGAAGUUUUGUAUCCAUCAUUGAAUACCAAGUAUUUUGAUGAUAUGCAACAUAAAAUGCAUGCAAAUGAGGCGAGCUUCUUGUCGGCGGCACCGGUAAAUCUACCCAACAACUCCUUUGUAUUCUUGGACAUUAAUCGUUACGAACGUAAAAAGAAUCAUCCAUUGGCAUUGAAGGCCUUUUGCCAACUGGGCAAGACGUUAAAUGCCAAUGAUUGGAAACGAUGUCGCUUGGUUGUGGCCGGUGGCUAUGACACAAGGGUUGUGGAAAAUGUUGAACAUUAUGAAGAAUUAAAUGAUUUGGUAAAGCAAAACGAUCUACAAGAAAAUGUGAUCCUGCUGCGUUCUCCCUCGGAUGAUGAGAAAUUUAUGCUGCUACAUAUGGCUCAUUGUUUGCUCUAUACACCGGCUAAUGAACAUUUUGGUAUUGUACCUUUGGAAGGUAUGUAUAUGUCGAAGCCGGUAAUUGCGGUGAAUUCCGGAGGACCCACAGAGACAAUAGUGCACAACUCAACUGGCUAUUUAUGUGAUCCCAAAGAGGAGUCAUUAUCUUUGGCAAUGGCAAAUUUAAUAAAAGAUGAGCGUCUACGGGAGCGUAUGGGUGUUAUGGGCCACAAGCGUGUUCAACAGAAAUUCUCAUUUGAAGCAUUUGCUCAAAAGCUGGAUGAUAUUGUUAAUGAUUUGACACGAAACUCAACGACUAAAGUUCGGAAAUAUGAUUAA